CAAUAAGGCUAAAGACUUCUAUCUCCAGCUGCAAAUCCCUCCUGGGAGGGCCGGCUAUAAAUUAACCACCACGCCCGGCGCACACAGAGAGAACUUCCGUGUGUCCACAUUCCCAUUCGUCCCCCCACCCUUAACUAAAUCGCCCAAGGGAACACAGGCCUCAGCAGCAGGCUCGAACUCCGGGCUCUGGGUGCCAGACUUCGCGCGGCGCCCCAAACACCUUUCCAAAAAGACCUCUGCAGAGAGAUUCAGAGGUGUGGCUUCCCAUCAGGGAUGCGAUGCAAACCUAGCUAAGAAAAGUAAAACGAGCUGAGAAUCCAACUCCAUGCCAGACCCGCAAGUCACUUCUUUAAUUUCAGCGGGAGCGGAAGCGGAAGCGGAAGCUCCGGUGGGGUCAUAGAGUUUGCUCGUUCCGGUUUCCGGGCCACGUUCGGGGCUAGAGCGCCUCCCGUCCGCCAGCCAUCCCAGUCACCAGCGGCUUCUAUUUCCGGGUGCGGCUCCUGUCAUAAAGCGGGGGCCUCUCUACAAACGUGGAGUCGUGGGUCCUUCGCGCCUCGCCGGGGGUCAGCGCGCAAGGACGGUCCCUGGCGGGGGUACUUCGCAGCCAACGGCUGGAGCCGGUCUUCGCGUACCGAGUCCGCACUGGCACCUCUAACCCCUCAGAGCUAGCUGGCUCUUGAGCCCUCACGAGUUAGAGUCCCUGAUUCGCAGCCUCCAGGGCUGCAGCUCCAGAAGAUAUCACUCCUUCGCCCAUCCCUGUCCCCAUAGGCAUGCUCUGCCCUGUGAGGUACAGCAUUUGACAAGUUACCCCUACCCCACACACCACUUCCACCCGCGUCUGCCUUAACUUCGUUCUUAACCUCCUUAGUUUGAGACCCCUCCCUUCUGCCUCCAGAAGAGGUCUUUUUCCCCCACUUCCGUGAAAGAGGAGUUUUGGGUCUCUUGCAGAAAGAUUAAGCACCUAUUUGAUAACUAAAACAAGUUCAUGCUUACUAAAGAGUUUGUGGGCAAAGUGAAACCCAGUGCACACGGGAAAUUAUGGCUGAGCACGGGGCUCACAUCACAACUGCUUCUGUGGUGGAUGACCAGCCAUCCAUCUUUGAGGUGGUAGCACAGGAGAGUUUAAUGACAGCAGUGAGACCUGCUCUUCAGCAUGUGGUCAAGGUUCUUGCAGAAUCCAAUCCUGCCCACUAUGGCUUCUUUUGGAGGUGGUUUGAUGAAAUCUUCACCCUGCUAGAUCUUCUGCUCCAGCAGCAUUAUUUGUCCAAAACCAGUGCCUCAUUCUCUGAAAAUUUUUAUGGCUUAAAGCGCAUUGUAAUGGAGGACACACACAAGCUUCAGAGGUUGGCCAGUGCUGGUCUCCCAAAGCAGCAGCUUUGGAAGUCAAUUAUGUUCCUGGUUCUUCUUCCCUACCUGAAAGUGAAGCUAGAGAAGCUGGUUUCUAGCCUGAGAGAAGAGGAUGAAUAUUCUAUUCAUCCCCCUUCUUCCCGUUGGAAACAGUUUUAUAGAGCCUUCCUGGCAGCCUACCCAUUUGUUAACAUGGCAUGGGAAGGCUGGUUUUUUGUACAACAACUUCGAUACAUCCUAGGAAAGGCUCAGCAUCACUCACCACUGCUGAGGCUGGCUGGUGUUCGGUUAGGUCGACUUACAGUUCAGGAUAUACAAGCUCUGGAGCACAGACCAGCUGAAGUCAGCAUGAUGCAGCAACCAGCCAAGAGUGUUGGUGAGAAGAUAAAGUCAGCUCUGAAGAAAGCUGUGGGAGGUGCUGCCUUAUCCCUCUCUACUGGCCUUUCUGUGGGAGUAUUCUUUCUGCAAUUCCUUGAGUGGUGGUACUCAUCUGAAAAUCAAGAAACCGUCAAAUCGCUGACUGCCCUACCUACUCCGCCACCACCUGUACACCUGGACUACAAUUCUGAUUCUCCUCUGUUACCCAAAAUGAAGACUGUGUGCCCACUGUGUCGUAAAACCCGGGUGAAUGAUACUGUUCUUGCCACCUCUGGCUAUGUGUUUUGUUAUCGCUGUGUGUUUAAUUAUGUCAGGGUUCACCAAGCUUGUCCCAUAACAGGUUAUCCAACAGAAGUACAACAUCUAAUUAAACUGUACUCCCCUGAGAACUGAAACGGAUUAGCAUUUUAUCUCACAACAAAAUUACUGCACUAUAAGGCCACAGGACUGAUUUUCAGCACAGUAUGUAGCAUUGUUUGAUACUUCUCAUCCUCGACUCAUAAUUAUAUGGACUUUAAAUAACUAGAGUUGACCCCUGAACAUGUGUUCACCGGCCCCCCACAUAUAACUUUUGAAUCCCCCAAAACUGAACUACUAAUAGCCUACUGUUGACCAGAAGCCUUACGAAUAAAUAGUCAAUUAACACACAUUUUGUAUGUUAGAUGUAUUAUAUACCGUAUUCUUGCAGUAAAAUAAGAUAGGGAAAAUACUAAGAUUAAGAGAAAGUACCUUUAUACUGUACUUUUUUGGGGGUGCCUGGGUGGCUCAGUCGGUUGAGCAUCCGACUGCAUCUCAGGUCAUGAUCUCGCAGUUUGUGAGUUCCAGCCCCGCAUCGGGCUCUGUGCUGACAGCUCAGAGCCUGGAGCCUGCUUCAGAUUCUGUGUCUCCCUCUCUCUCUGCCCCUUCCCUGCUCAUGCUCUGUCUCUGAGAAAUGAAUAAAAGUUAAAAAAAAUUUUAUACUGUACUUUUUACCGUACUGUACUGUAAGAAAUCCGAAUAUAAGUAGACUUACACAGUUCAAAUUUGUGUUGUUCAAGGGUCAACUGUAUAUGGAUUUCUUUAAAAAGAUGUAUCCAUUGAUCUUAACCUUUUAACUUGCUGUCUAGAUUCCUACUUAGAGUUUACCAAGCUGGUUAGAAUGAGAAUCAGGACUGACAGGAGACAUGAAGGUCAAUGUACAGGAAGUGGAUAAAAGGGGAUAGUUAGUACAGAAGCUUUUCCUUGAAGAACAAGAGGUAUAGAAGCUCUCAGGAAAAACCCAAGUUAGACCUCAUAAAGUGGGUAGUGAAUAGGUAGCAGCCUUCUUCUUGAGAAAAGAAAGCAUUUAUCUGCCUAUGAAGAAGAUAUUUUAUCAGUUUGCAAACAAUGUGAAACAUAGACCUGCUCUUUAUAGACAUACUUAGAAACACUUUAGAAGAACAAAGCGCCUUCCAUAUACUGUGAUCCACUUGUUAAGUAACACCUGUUAUAGUUUAUCAACUUUUAAAGAAGAUUCCUUUAUGAGCCAUACAGAUGGGAAACUGGUUAAAGAAAAGUAGGGGUUGAGUGUAUAUUGUUGUCUGAAGAUUUCAGUGUGAAAGCAAAUCUGAUUAAUUAAGAGAUGAACUAAAAUACUGAUCUAACUUUGUGCAAAAGAAUCUUUUAAUAAGCUCUUUCUUCUUGCUGUUAAGAGUCUGCAAAAUGGGCACAAAUUAUUCUGGCUAUUAGUAAGUUUCUGUGAAAUGCUGAAACAAAUUUUAAGAAUAAAUGUUUUUGGCAAAGAGCU